AAAUCAGAUGUGAUUAUGAGAUACAGCUGUGUCCGAACAUUUACGAUAAACUUUUAGGUUAGAUUUUUGUUAAAUAAAUAAUAGAAUGGGAUCAAACAAAAGAUAAAUCAAACACUUAAAAUAGAAGUGUUUGUCGAAGUUAAACCCCUGACAAAAAGGACUAUCGGCUUCUUUUAUCCACGUCAAAUAUUUGCUCUUUUUUGCAUAUAAAUAUAAUAUACUCAUCAAAAUGUUGGCAGAAGAGUACAAUACACUAAUGGGUGCCAAAGUGAAGAUGGCCGUUCCUGAAAAGGAAAAAUAUUGGGCCCAAAUCUUAACGAUUCUGGUUGCCAAUUUGGCCGGCCUUAGCGAAGGCCUUCACUUCUCAUGGGUGUCUCCGUUCCUAGUCAAAAUAACCAAUGAUAAGGUGAACUACAGCAUCACUGAAGAAGAAGCUUCUUAUUUCAACAUAGUGACCCCACUGGCUAUGACAAUAUGCACCCCACUCUUCGCCAAGCUUUCCGACAAGAUUGGAAGAAAGCGUACUUUCUUACUUAUAGCUAUCCCGCAUACCUUAGCAUGGAUCAUCAAGGCCUUCGCCACGAAUGUGUAUCACUUUUACAUAGCGCGGUUUAUGGCAGGUGCUGCUAAUGGAUGUUCUUUUUCAGUAUUGCCCAUUUAUAUGGGAGAGAUCUCUCAUCCGGACAUAAGGGGCACUUGGGGCAAUGCCUUACCCACAUCCAUGUACAUCGGAGAACUCUUGAUCAAUAUUAUCGGCAGCUACUGCGGAGUACGAAUGACUUCUUUUAUUUGCAUGCCUCUACCUAUUUUAUUCGUUAUUUUGUUUUGGUUUAUGCCAGAAUCACCCUACUGGUACAUCAUGAAGGGAAGAUAUGAAGACGCUAAAAAGUCUUUAAGAUUUUUAAAACGAAAACAGAACAUUGAUGGAGACUUCAAGCAGUUGAGGGAAGAUGUGGAACGGCAGCUAACAGAAUCUGGAAACUGGUUUGAUUUGGUAAAAAUUAAAAGCAAUAGAAGAGCUUUUGUUGCUGGUCUCUUUUUAAGGUUCACCCAGCAAACAUCUGGUAUGGGUGUUUUCCUGGUCUAUACUCAAUUCAUUUUCCAAAAGUCUGGUGGUAACGUUACGCAUCAAAUGGCUUCUAUCAUAUACUUCGCUACCAGUUUGGUCCUUAAUCUUUUUGCGUUAUUCUUUAUUGUAAAGAGAUUUUCAAGAAAAGGUUGCUACGUUGUUUCGGUGUCAGCAGCUGGAAUAGUACUAUACAUCAUGGGCGCCUACUUUUACUUGGACUCCAAUACAAACACAGACCUUUCAUCAUUCCAAUGGAUGCCUAUCACUAGCAUGGUUUUGCAUCAAGUAUUUUUGUCAUUUGGAAUAUCAGUAAUACCAACGCUUAUGUUAGGAGAGCUGUUCACUAGCAACAUCAAAGCUAAAGCCAUGACUUUACUCAUGAUAGAAUUUGGUCUGGGCAACAUACUUAUGAAUACUAUUUUUUACAACCUCAACGUAGGUAUUGGAUUCUAUGCGCCGUUCUUCUUCUUCGCUGGUUGCUGCACUUUCGCCACAAUUGCUGCAUUUUUUGUUAUUCCAGAGACAAAAGGCAAAACUUUGGAAGAAAUACAACAAAUACUUAAAAAAUAACUUGUUUCUUGUACUUACUGAGAUUGCUGAAAGACUGAGACUAUAAGAUAUUAAGGGUUUUCGUUCCAAUAAUCGGAAAAGAUACAUUUUUACUACAAAACCAAUGUUGUAACAAUAACUGCACUGAAAAGAGGCAACAAGCGAUUUAACAAAUAACGUACUGGUGAAAAUUUGAUCCAAACAUCGAUUUUAUGUCUAUUCUAUCGAUACAAUUAGAAUUUAUCCAUCUAGAAAAAUAAAUACUUGGGCAUAAUUUAUGUCACAAUAUUUAUCUAGAAAUAAUGUAGUGACACAUAACUACAAUACCAGUAGCUGAAAUUAGUUUAUUCCUUGCCAUAAUUUAUAAUAUUAUACAAAAAGUAUUUUUAAUUUUAUAAAAGAUACCGACAUUUAAAUUUAUUGUUUUU